AUCUGCUGUCAGCGGUCAUGUGACCAGCUGGUUAGCCCUGGUCCUUUGCUUCCAUGCUGCUUCCUACUGCAGCUGCCUGACUUCAUGCCUGUUUUGGAGGCAGUUUGACAUUCGCAGAUCUUUUUUAAUCCGUGAGAAGGCUGCGUGUUUGACAGAGAUGAACAGUGAAAACUUGAGCCUGAGUGAGAAGAUAGUGUCUCCGUCGUACAUUCGACAGGGUUCUCAGGCACGUCGUAGCCAUGAGCAGCUCAUCAGACACCUACUGGAACAGGGUAAGUGUCCAGAGGAAGGAUGGAGCGAGAGCACCGUCGAGCUCUUUCUGAACGAGCUGGCUGUGAUGGACAGCAAUAACUUCCUCGGCAACUGUGGUGUCGGAGAGAGGGAAGGCCGGGUGGCGUCCAGCCUUGUGGCAAGACGACAUUACAGGUUGAUCCAUGGCAUCGGCAGGUCAGGUGACAUCGCUGCCAUUCAGCCUAAAGCUGCAGGAUCCAGUCUCCUCAACAAACUGACCAACUCAGUUGCGCUGGACAUCUUAAGACUUGCAGGCGUCCGGAGUGUGGCGAGCUGCUUUGUGGUUCCCAUGGCGACAGGAAUGAGCUUGACUCUGUGCUUCCUGACCCUCCGUCAUCGGAGACCCAAGGCUCGCUACAUCAUCUGGCCUCGCAUCGACCAGAAGUCCUGCUUCAAAUCCAUGAUCACAGCAGGCUUUGAACCUGUAGUCGUGGAGAACAUUCUCGAGGGCGAUGAGUUGCGGACGGACUUGGAAGCCGUUGAACGCAAGAUCGAGGAGCUCGGAGCCGAGAACAUCCUGUGUGUUCAUUCGACGACAUCCUGCUUCGCCCCGCGGGUCCCUGACAGGCUGGAGGAGCUGGCUGCUGUGUGCACCAAACACAACAUUCCCCACAUUGUCAACAACGCAUACGGAGUACAGUCGUCCAAAUGCAUGCACCUCAUACAGCAGGGGGCUCGUGUGGGAAGAAUUGAUGCCUUUGUACAGAGCUUGGACAAGAACUUCAUGGUUCCAGUAGGUGGUGCUAUAAUUGCAGGUUUUGAUGAGUCCUUUGUACAGGAGAUAAGCAAGAUGUACCCCGGGCGAGCGUCGGCUUCACCCUCCCUUGACGUCCUCAUCACCCUUCUCACUCUGGGUGCCAACGGCUAUAAGAAAUACCUGUCACAGAGAAAGGAGAUUUAUUCGUUUCUGGCUCAGGAGCUGAAGAGUCUGGCUUCUGCACACGGCGAGAGAUUGCUUCACACCCCACAUAACCCCAUUUCACUGGCCAUGUCUCUGGAUGGUCUCCAGGCCGAGAGCGACAAGGCGGUGACUCAGCUCGGCUCCAUGUUGUUCACCCGACAAGUGUCAGGAGCCAGGGUAAUUCCACUGGGCAAAGAGCAGACCAUAAAUGGACACACAUUCCGCGGGUUUAUGUCUCAUUCAGAGUCAUACCCGUGUCCUUACCUCAAUGCUGCCUCGGCUGUUGGUAUCACUCGAGAAGAUGUGACACUGUGCAUGAAGAGGCUUGACAAAUGCCUGAAGACUCUGAAGAAAGAAGGAAAUGCUGUGAAAAAUGGUUCCCCAUCGAACCAGGACGAACCUGGGGAAUAACUUAACUGAAAUAGGAAAAACUGGACCGUCUGCUGCUGGAACUUUCUUCUGUCCUGAUUUGGACUGUGUGUACACAUUCUGGAAGACGCUUUCUGACAGAUUACCGGUCCAGACAUUGUAAUAAGGUCAAUGCCUGGUGACAGCUGGCGGUGAAACUGCAUGCAGAUGUUCAUUACAAAUGAAAAUGACACAAGCUGAUGUCACUGAUUAAUUCCCUCCUCUGUGAAGGUGUGCUAAUUAGUAAAUAUGAGGACAAAACCUGCAUGCAAAUGCUGCUUAGGAGCAUAUGCUCAUAAAACACUGAUUUAAAGUUAGUGUCUGCAGAGGCUGUUGAUGUAUUGUUGACUAUGUUUAAAAAAAAAAAAAAAAAAAAAAGCUUUACUUAAUUGUAUUCCAAAUAGAUUAUUAAAAAAAUUCAUUUUUUAAAAUUAAAGCCUUUUCAUCUCUUAAAAGUGCCGUCAA